CGUGAUUAGAGGAACUCACGCAUGCGACGUCAGAUGGCUUACUUCCGGGUUCUCGGCAGCAGCACACUGUGCCUUCUUUUGAAAACCCCCAAGGCAUGAAAUAAAGGCAUACUAAGCUCCCAUUAUGUUGAAAUGUGAUAUUGCAACAGAGAUCCAGGCCCUGUUCAAUAAACGGUUCCAGUAUGUGAAGGAGACAGACUGGGUUCUUCCUGAUCUCUCCGAGGCCUUCAUAUGUGAACAUGAGGAGUUUAGUGCGCUUCAAGUCUUCAAAAGCUCCCUGAACCAAGUAAAGAACCUUCUCAGCGACAAAAAGUUGGAUGACUGGCAUCGACACACAUCGUUCACAAACAGGGCAGGCAAGAUAGUGUCAGAGGUGAGAAAAUGUGCUAAUGCUGAGCUCUGCACACAGGCUUGGUGUAAAUUCCAUGAGAUUGUGUGUUCAUAUCCUCUUCUACCUCUGGAAUCUCUAUGGAACAAGGAGUUAAACACCAUUCAUAUUUGUGAAGCCCCAGGAGCCUUUGUAUCCAGCCUCAACCAUUUCCUAAAAUCCCAAGAUAGGCAUUGUGAUUGGAACUGGGUAGCCAAUACUCUUAACCCUUACCAUGAAGCCAACGACGGGCUAGUUAUGAUUGCCGAUGAUCGCUUGAUUGCCAACACGUUGCCUUGGUGGUUUUUUGGUCCUGACAAUACCGGGGACAUCAUGAGUCUGAAACACCUGUUUGAGUUACAGCAUUUCACCAGCAAUAUGUCUACUGUCCAUCUUGUUACCGCAGACGGAAGUUUUGAUUGUCAAGGAAAUCCUGGGGAGCAGGAGUCUCUCGUGUCUCCUCUUCAUUACUGCGAAGUUGUCACCUGCCUGAUGCUGCUUGGCCAGGGAGGAUCUUUUGUCUUGAAAAUGUUCACCCUGUUUGAGCAUUCCUCUGUUAACCUUAUGUACUUCCUGAACUGUUGCUUCGAUCAAGUACACGUUAUCAAGCCAGGAACAAGCAAAGCAGGAAACUCCGAGGUCUAUAUCGUAUGCCUAGGUUACUUGGGAAAAGAUGCACUUGAGGGUCUUCUAUCUAAAAUGACUGAGAAUUUUGGAAAGCAGAUUGUCACAAAGUCUCUAUUCCCUCAAAAAUCCAUCCCAGCUUCCUUCCUCAGGUGCCACAAGGAAUGCUGUGAUGUGUUCUACAAGCAUCAGACAGAGACUAUUAUGGAAAAUCUCAAUCUGUUUUCAUGUAUGGGGGAGCAAGAAAAAUUCCGUCUGAAUGAAUUGCGGGAUUAUGCAGUUAAAUACUAUAUCAGAAAUUUCCAUGUUAAACGCAUUCCCCGGAAGCAGUGGCUUGUGAAGAAUCCACAGUUUGGGUGCAGUGUGAACAGUCGAUGGGUGGGAGUCCGGGCCUGUCGUUCAGAGUCUUUUAAUGAAAGGAAGCAGCUGGAAAUGCUGAGCUGGGCAGAGAAAGUGGCCAAUGGCUUCUUUAGUCCUUGGUUAAAAGAGCAUGUUCAGAAGAACCUUGGAGCUGAUUGCUUUCUGCAGUUACCAUACGAUGAGUUAAAAACCAAUGAAUGGUUCAUUGUGGAGGGGAAACAACUUGCUAGGAUCCACAGCUCACCUUUCUGUGAUAGUAGACUGAUAAAAUGUUUAAAUGAAACCAUUGAUGAAUGCUUUACGAUCAUCUCAAUGGGUCCCGAAGUGUUCCCAAGCUGUCCAAUGUGCAGCUGUGUGACAGAGGAGGCUGUUUGUUUGGAGUUACUAAGGAUGUCUAAGAGCAGAGAACACUUCAUAGUCUGUGGAGCUCAUUCUCUCUUUCAGUUUCUCAAUGCCAAAAACAUACCCUGUGAUUUCAUUGACUCCCCUCUAGAUUUCAGGAGUUUAUCUGUCCUCCAUGAUGGAGAUCCUGCCUAUCAGAAGGUGCUUCUUACUUGGAUAUUGCAGGGCUUGCAGCAGACGCGAGAUGGCGGCUCCUUGGUUCUUCCUAUCCUUUCUUCCUUCACUCGUUUUACGGCCAGUAUAGUCUACAUCCUGUAUCACUGCUUUGAGUUGAUUACAUUCACCUGUCCAACUAGCAGCCUCGCUGUGGGAACAGAUGCCAUACUGAUUUGCUCUGGGUUCAAUGCUUCACCAGCCCCUACUGUGGAUUAUUUGUUCCAAUUAAUGGAAAGGACAGAGGAGUUAAGGGGCUCUGGAGUCAGCCAGCAGGUGUUGGAGUUCAUACCCAUGGAGGCUCUACUACAGGGGCCCUUGCUGGCAUUUUUAUGGACCCUCAAUACUGCCAUUCUUGAAUACAGACUGCAUGUAUUUGGGCAGCUAGAAUGUGAAAAGGCUUGUAAAAAGCAGUCAAAUGAUAUUCCCCAAAAUGGAGGCCAAACGUAAGCCUUCCAUCAGUACGUGACCAUUAACAGAUUAGUUUUGUGUAUGUUUGCACCUUCGUAUCAGGCAAACACGUGUGUGUGUGUGUGUGUGUGUGCAUUUUUUUUUUUUUUUGUCAGUACCUGCCGAUAUGGCUUUUCAUGGUUUCCUAAGCCUGUUCUUUCAGCAAUGUACCCAUUAAGCUGUGGUUUUUCCUUUCAUUUCCCUCCAGGCAUUGUUCUUUUCUUAUUCCGCUAUGCUUUAUGUAAAGCCCCAAUCAUGCCGGUCUUGUCAUUGUGUAAUAAAUGAUGUCCAAGUUCCGGGGUAAUCGCUGUUAAGAUUAUACCACAUUGGUUCAUGUGUUAUUGUUUUGUUUUACUGCAACAUACACAUUAAACUAUCAUACUUUUUUUUUA